CUAAACAGCAGCAGCAGCAGCAGUAGCAGCAGCAGUAGCAGCAGCAGGAAGCUGCUCUCAGGUCGACGGGAGUUGUGUUUCCCAGUGAACCUCGGGCCGGUUAGUGGGAGGGCAAAAUGAUCCCAGAUCAGUGUUGUCUGUGUCGGUGUCAUGCCACCCGCUCUGCUGGGAGCGCGGCAGCCUCGCGAUAGCCUCGCCUUCUCCAGAAUCACGGCACCGCUCGCGAACUGGAUGCUGCUGCUGACAGGCGCGCGACGCGGCGCGGUGCGGUCAUCAUGCAAAGGUUACGCUGGAUCCUUCUCAGCGAGUCCGUGAAGAAGAAGAAGAAGAAGCAGCCGCUGCUCAGCAGCACCCGCUCGGGUCGCGACAUGCGAGGUGUCUAGCCAGAGGGAGAAGGAAUUUAAAAACAAAAAAAAAACAAAACACGACCAACUAUCCUUCAUUCUGGCCCGUUCGGCUACAGCAGGUGUCGAUGGACACGAGAGUUUGGGAUUUGCAGAGUGAACGCUGGCUCCUCUCGGCGGUAAAGUGGCUUCAUGAGUGUCCAAAGUAACAGUGGAAGUGGUGGUGGAAGUUUGGAGGCGACGCCAUCUUGGUCGCAGCUCUCCUCGUCCCCAACGAUUUCUCAACAUAUAACGGCGACCGCGAAGGGCAAAGAAGGCCCCAUGGAGGAGCUACAUAGCCUGGACCCCAGGAGACAGGAGCUGCUGGAGGCCAGAUUCACGGGAGCUGGCAGUGGCAACACAGUCGGCAGCACUGGGAGCACCAGUGGAGGUGCUAAGGGUCUGGCCAAUGAGUCCUCCAACCACAGCUACGGCAGCCUGGGCUCAUCCAGCGAUAAGGAGUCAGAGAACUCUGAUUUGAAAAGAGGGAGCUCUCCUGCCUACUCAACUCCUGAGAAGAAGCACUCUGAAUCAUCCAGAGGGAGGAAGAGGAAAGCUGACACCUACUCAGAGAGUAGUCAAGGGAAGACCUCCACGCGUGGGCCCAAGAUUAGCGACUAUUUUGAUUUCCAGGGGGGAAACGGUUCCAGUCCAGUCAGAGGACUCCCAUCAGCUCGUCGUUCUCCACAGAGCUCCCACUCUGCUCCGGGCUUAAUAAUUCGGCAGAAUAGCUCCUCUCCCACAAGUCUGUGCUUUGGAGAACAUAAUCCUAAAGCGUCCUGCAGCAAGUUUGUCCAGACGGAGUUAACAGGGCUAAAACUUGCUGCUCUGGAAAGCAACAAGAGUCUGGACCUGGAGAAGAAAGAGGGGCGAAUAGAUGAUCUGCUCAGGGCGAACUGUGACCUGCGCAGACAGAUUGAUGAACAGCAAAAACUCUUGGAGAAAUACAAGGAAAGGCUCAACAAAUGCAUCACUAUGAGCAAGAAGCUGCUCAUAGAAAAGAGCACUCAGGAGAAACAGUCGUGUCGUGAGAAGAGCAUGCAGGACCGCCUCCGCCUCGGUCACUUCACCACCGUCAGACAUGGAGCGUCCUACACAGAGCAGUGGACCGAUGGAUAUGCAUUCCAGAACCUCAUCAAGCAGCAGGAGGGUAUCAACCAGCAGAGGGAGGACAUAGAGAGACAGAGGAAGCUGCUGGCCAAGAGGAAGCCUCCAAACCCCGCGUCUCCCUCCCUGACAAUGGCGUCCACCUCUGAACCCAAGCAACGCAAAACCAAGGUGGUCAAUGGCAAUGAUUCAGACCCCUUCCUCAAGCCUUCCCUGCCUCAGCUACUGACCCUCGCUGAGUACCAUGAGCAGGAAGAGAUCUUCAAACUCCGUCUUGGACACUUGAAGAAGGAGGAAGCGGAGAUUCAAGCGGAGCUGGAGCGGUUGGAGCGCGUGAGGAACCUCCAUAUCAGAGAGCUGAAGAGGAUCAAUAACGAGGACAGCUCGGCGUUUAAAGACCAUCCCACUCUGAAUGAGAGGUACCUGCUGCUGCACUUGCUGGGCAGGGGCGGCUUCAGUGAAGUCUAUAAGGCUUUUGACCUAUUUGAGCAGCGUUAUGCAGCUGUUAAAAUCCACCAACUCAACAAGAACUGGAGGGAGGAGAAAAAGGAGAACUAUCACAAGCAUGCAUGCAGGGAGUACCGGAUACACAAGCAGCUGGACCAUCCCAGAAUAGUGAAACUGUAUGACUACUUCUCUCUGGACACUGACACCUUCUGUACGGUGCUGGAGUUCUGUGAAGGAAAUGACCUGGACUUCUACCUGAAACAGAACAAGCUGAUGUCGGAGAAGGAAGCGCGCUCCAUCGUCAUGCAGAUUGUUAGCGCUCUACGCUACCUUAACGAGAUCAAACCCCCCAUCAUUCACUACGACCUCAAACCCGGUAACAUCUUGUUAGUGGAUGGCACGGCAUGUGGAGAGAUCAAAAUCACAGACUUUGGCCUGUCAAAGAUCAUGGACGAUGAUAAUUACGGUGUGGAUGGAAUGGACCUCACGUCACAGGGGGCUGGCACUUACUGGUAUCUCCCUCCUGAGUGUUUUGUGGUGGGGAAGGAGCCGCCUAAAAUUUCCAACAAGGUGGAUGUCUGGUCUGUGGGAGUGAUCUUCUUCCAGUGCCUCUAUGGACGCAAGCCGUUUGGUCACAACCAGUCUCAACAAGACAUUCUCCAGGAAAACACCAUCCUCAAAGCAACGGAGGUUCAGUUUCCUGCUAAACCACAGGCCAGCACAGAGGCCAAGGCGUUCAUCCGGCGCUGUCUCGCCUACCGCAAGGAGGACAGGUUCGACGUUCACCAGCUGUGCUCGGACUCCUACCUCCUCCCGCAUAUGAGACGUUCAAACUCCUCCGGCUCCCUGCAGUCGUCCGCCUCCUCUCUGUCGUCCUACUGACUGGCUCUCGCUCACAUGACUGACAGGACCCUCUGGCCAACCGCGAGGCAGGAUCGUUGGAAACCUGAAGGAUAAUGAACACGGAUCUUCUUCUUCUUCUUUUUUUUAUGGAUAAAAUUGAAACGGAAGAGAAUGAAAUGGAAAGAUGGAUUGAGAGAAGAGGAGAGAAAGGGAGGCUCUUUGUUGUGUCCUUGAACUCGACCGUGAGAGUCAAGGGAAGGGGGAAAAAUGAAAGAUUGACAGAUUGAAGGGAAUUAAAAAGAGAUGAAUGGUGAUUAAGGAGAAAGAGGAGUAGCUUAACACGAUGUGGAAAAGAAAAACUAAUGAAGUUAGUGUAACUUUUUUUAUAAACUUUUAUUAAUUCAUCCUCUUAGGAGACAUGUCAACAACUAUAGGAGCUCCUAGAUGUUCUGCCCAUUCCCACCUCCACGUACACAACAUACCCGUUGAGAAUGGUGUCACAUAAAGACAGUGUUUAUGAAGGUGGAGGCCAGCAGGCAUCAGAGGGACGGGUGUGAGUGUCAGUGUGUCUGAUAUCCACUAGCUGUUUAACUUUAACUCUGCAACCCUUUAAAAUGGGGCAUAACAAUGAUAAGUGACAUGUCAUUGAAUAUCCCUUUGUAGCCCUUGAAGCACACAAUUGGGAUUAAUUUCAAAGUAGUGACGUGACAAUGAUGGGACUUGACAAAAAAAAAAAAGGAAUGAAAAAUGAAUGAAAAAAUGUUCCAGAUGAAAUUUCUGGGUUUGAUUUGCACUUCUGAUCCAGGUAGUGUUUAUCUGGACUCACAGAUUUGGCAUGAAGUACUACAGAGUGAGCGAUUCCUCGACUCAGUCAAAUCCUCCGUUCAUCAUUUUUAGUUGUAUUGCAAAGCAGUGCAGUUCAGGUCCACUCAAAUGUGGACGUGUGAAUGUGUCUUAAUCCAUAUUUGCUGUUCAGGUGAAGAGUCGCAAUGUUUCAAAGGGCGGAGUUUCACACAGCACCAUGUUCACAUGGAUGUCCCCAUUAACGUGCGUGAAAAGAGCUGGACUGGUCCGAGUGACUGGAUCAGCCGUUAUUCUACUGCAAAGACUGGGGACACACAAUUUAGUGUACAUUUCAUGCGCAGGAGGCUCGUGCAAAUGUGUACUCAUGACGAGGCGUACCAUUGCUUCCCAAUGUCUCACUUUUUCUCAGUUUGUGUGUUUCUCUCUGAAAGCUGUUCUCAGUUUGCUGCUAUAAAUGUGGCUUUUAGUUUGUGAGGUGCGAAUGGGUUUGUUUUUUUGCCUCGCAUAUGUCCAUACUUGAACUGUGUUUAGAGGAGCGCUCUCCAGAGCUUCUUCUUCUGAAAUGGACACCGGCUGUGCCGUUAGAGGGGAGGCACCACGUUUCUCCGCCAACAACAUCCAAUGUCCAUGUGGGUUCUCGUUUGUUUACUUUCAAGUUACAGUGCGACAGACGCUAUAUGGAGCUAUAUAUGGAGCUCAGUCUGUGCUGUGUGGUGAGGGAUGGUCAAAGCUCUUCAUGCUAGUGGAAGUGGGCACGAUUCACGUUGGCUCAUGAUGCAGCAUGUUUUCCUGCAGCUAGAAAUCAAGUGGAUAUAUACAAGAUGUUGUUGUUCUGUAAAUAAAACACUUACCUGUA